AUGCAUAAUUUUGGUUCUGAACCAAGAGCUCUCGAAAAAUCACAAGCAGGUUUUAAUCUUGAGUCCCGCACUUUUCUAGCAACGAUGGCUACAGGACCGUUUUCUUGCACCGUCCAUCCCUAUGCAUCUCCAACUACAAACUCUGCCGCCUACGAGAUAGGGUCGUCUGGCGCUUCAAACGCCAUCCUUUUCAUUGGCGGGCUCGGCGAUGGGCCUCACACCGUCCUGUACACCUUAACUAUAGCCAAUCAUCUGCAGACGAAAGGGCAGGAUUGGUCAGUUUUUGAGAUCCGGAUGAGGAGCUCGUUUACAGGCUACGGUUACUCGAGUCUUAAGAACGAUGUCGAAGAUAUAUCAGCUCUAGUGAGAUAUCUCCGAGGCAUUGGAAAGAAAAAGAUUGUUCUCAUGGGACACUCAACUGGAUGUCAGGACUGCAUGGAGUACACCAAGCAUAAGGAGGAUCCUGUUGAUGGCUUCAUCCUCCAAGGCCCUGCUUCUGACAGAGAGAGCAUCGUCGACUUCGUCGAUUCUGAAGAGUUGAAAAAGAGCCUGGAACUUGCGGAGAAGAUGAUUUCUGGGGGCAAGGGAAGUGAAGUCAUGCCUAGAGACUACGUGCCGUCUGUUUUCUCGACUCCUCUCACUGCGUAUCGCUGGCAUUCGUUGGCAGCCAAAGGGGGUGACGACGAUUACUUCUCAUCUGAUCUUGAUGACACUUUCGUGUCUUCAGUAUGGAAUCGUUUUGAACAGCCCGUCAUGGCCCUACAUUCGGCCGAGGACGAGUUCGUCCCUGCCAGCAUCGACAAGCAGGCUCUCAUCGAAUCCUGGAAAAAAACGAGCCCCAAAGUGCAUCCGCUGUCUGGCUUGAUCCCGGGAGCCAGCCACACAGUUAACAAUCCGGACUCUCAGGUAUGGCUGGCAGACCGCGUGAUUCAAUUCAUUCAGCAAGUAUGA